AUGGCUAUGGACAAGGCAAGGAUGGAAGGAAGAGAGAAGGUGAAUCUUGAGAAGCGCAAGGACAACAUUUUUGAAGAAGAUACGGUUCCCUUUCUCUUACUGUCAUCAUCAUUGCUGGUUUUUAAGACCGUGAAGCUAGAAAAAGCCUUCAUUUCGAGCAGGCAUGGUCCACCUCACGUCGUAUCUGUGUACAUGCCAUAUCCUCGUAUUGGUAAGGUCGAGGAGGCUGAGUAUGGCUUGAGAAAAGCUGCAGAGCUUGACAUCAAGUCGGUCGAGUUCUCGCCCCCUCUGGCCCAUUGUUUCCAGGCACCAAUGCCUGCACAUGACAUUUCUCACCGGCUUACGCGGGCCUACAAGCGUAUUCAUGACGCGUCAGACGCAGUCAAUGUUGGGCGUCGGCUGUCCUCACAACAGAGGAAGCGUCAGAGGCCGUGGAAGCACAAAGCCUUACGUGUGAUUUCAGCCUUUGGUUGCAAACGGCUCUGA